GAUUGUCAAUGGAGGUUUAUUUAAAGGAAAAAGCCACAUUAUACAAAAAACAAACUCUUGUUCCCAUUUCCUAAUUCUUCAUUCUGUAUUUCUCAUUCAUAAAUAUUCCAACAAAACUUUCUUCUCUAAUUUUUUUACUUCUUUUUUCCUGAAAAAGGCAUUUUAGAGGCUUGAUUUGUUGAAUAGGCCAAACAUGCCUUUCUGUGAAAUCAGCAAAUACCAGAACGGUGUGGAUGCAACUGGCAACAAUGGAACCAAGAUUUUUUAUAGAACUUAUGGUCAAGGCCCGGUCAAAGUUCUCUUAAUUAUUGGAUUGGCUGGGACGCAUACUUCAUGGGCCCCACAGAUCAAGGCGCUCACCGGAACGAUUACUCCGAAUGAUGAUGAAUCGCCAGCGGCCGGUGAUCGGAGCUCCGGUAUAGAGGUCUGUGCUUUUGACAAUCGUGGAAUGGGCUUAAGCUCCGUCCCCACUAAAAAAUCAGAGUACACCACAAGGAUUAUGGCAAAAGAUGCAAUUGCUAUAAUGGAUCACUUGGGGUGGGAAAAAGCACACGUCUUUGGCCAUUCAAUGGGAGCGAUGAUAGCUUGCAGAUUGGCUGCAUUGGUGCCUAGGAGAGUUUUAUCUUUGGCUUUACUGAAUGUCACAGGAGGAGGCUAUGAAUGUAUUCCCAGGCUCGAUCGUCAAACUCUAUCUAUUGCAGUCCGCUUUUUGAAGGCAAAAACUCCUGAGCAGAGGGCUGCUGUUGAUUUAGACACCCACUACUCAAAGGAAUACCUCGAGGAAUAUGUGGGAACUAAAACCCGAAGAGCAAUAUUAUAUCAAGAAUACAUCAAAGGCAUAUCAGCAUCCGGGAUGCAGUCAAAUUGUGGAUUUGAUGGGCAGAUAAAUGCUUGCUGGACUCAUAAGAUAUCGCGGACUGAUCUUGAAUCUAUCUGCUCUGCUGGGUUCCUCAUAUCUGUUAUUCACGGCAGGGACGACGUCAUUGCUCAAUUAUGCCAUGCGAAGAGUCUUGCAAAGAAAUUAUAUCCGUAUGCUAGAAUGGUAGAGCUUCCUGGAGGACAUCUUGUUAGUCAUGAAAGGACAGAAGAGGUCAAUGACGCACUUCUUGAGUUGAUCAAGGCAUCCGCAAGUAAGAUUAGCCCAUAUGAUUGGACAAAUUUGCCCAAGAAAAGCACUGGAUGGAGUAUAACCCCACUUACAAGAAAAAGUUCUCCAGCGGGAAGCAAUGUGUCUGUCAUGGUUGACAUUGUAGCAAGGCUCCAGAUCUUCUUGGUGUUCUUUUUUGGCUUGUUUAUGUUGGCAUUUGAGUUUAUGCGAAGAGGUGUAAGUCGUCUAAAACCAGUAAGAGUAAGCGCAGCCCUCACAUGAAGCUAUGGUGGCGAAUUCAGUCCAAUGGUAACUUAACCGGUGAAACCGAAAGGAUGGGAUAAUUAAUCUUAAUCCGUGUUUCAAGAUGACGAUGAAUUAACUGUACAGUGUCUCACAUACAAGAAUCACGUCACAGGAGGAAGGUUAAAAAAGCGAAACUACACUGUGCUGACAAAAGGAUCAGCAAAAGGAAUUACAGCCCUUGCUACCUUUAAUUUUGUAGUUGGUUAAGGGCAUAGAGCAUUUUCUGAAUUUCGUUGUAUUGACAACUGCAAAUCAUUAUUCCUUUUAUUAAUGAUAAUUAUCCUUUUUCAAUGAA